CCCGGGGUUUUGUCGGUAGGCUCGAUAUACAGAGGGGGGCGGUUGCGCACUGGCGACUACUGGCGCACAUUCCCAUCUGUUUUGCGCACUUUUGUCCCACGCGCAGCUCUGGAAUGCGCGAACUGCUUCUGUCGCCAGAGGCAUCUGAAAUGACAGUCUCGAGCGCCACACAAACAACUGUCGGUGAGAGAGGCUGCAGAGCCCGAGGACACCGCUAGAACACGCAGGCGGAAAGCAGGUGGAGUUCCAGGACCGUGUGUGUGGCUUCCUAUUCUGUGUCAGAUUGGGAUUUUUCCCCCUUUUCACCAGCAGCACAUCGGGGAUUAAAUACAAGGGACAAUGGAAGCCUCUGAGAAGACCCUAAUCUACCAGGAAGACGCUGAUCCCGUUAGGAAGCUGAUGACCAACACCUAUUUAAACACGACCACGGGGCCAGAAGAAGGCGAAUAUGUGGAUUUAAACAAUUUGUUGGAUGUUAAGGUGGGCGACAUGAAAACAGUCAAAGUAACUUUUACAGGCGAAGGGGGACAGUUGGCCAUAUAUAAAAGCAGCUCCGUUUCAAACGGUUCGCCUUCGAUGAACAACGCGUCCGGGGAGGUCGAAGACUCCGGUAAAUCAGCCGACCCUGCCACCAUUGACAGUAAAUCUAUUAAUCACCAAAGCUCGGGGGACGUCAGAGCGGAGAGUGCCGCGUCAGGCUCGUUUGAAACAGCCUCCUCCGAAGCUCCUGACGCCACUGACAACUUCAUGGACUGCCCGGAAUCACCCACCACCAUGCCGGACCCCUCUGCCGUGCCUCGGUCCCAGACCGCGCCGCCCAAUAUCGACACAGAAACCACAUGCAUGGACAAAGAAUUACAAUACACCGACAUGAAUCUAGGCAACAAAAGCGACUCGGAGGACGACGUUACUGUAGUGAUGUCUGGCGACUGUACACCCAAUAUCGCCGAGGACGAGUUUCAUUACAUUACGACACAUGAAAUCCAGCUUUCCGAGUUAGACCAUGAUGUUGACUAUGAGUUUGAGUCGGGAUCCAGCUGGGAGAUUGAGGACGACCACCAAGUUUACUCGUUUGUGGAUUAUGCCUCUUUUGACAGUGAUGAAACGGCGGGGGAGGACGGAGCUUUAGCUCGACUGAAAGGCAAUCAGGCAACGGGUGCAAAUAGGAGCCUAGCAGCCGUCAGCAGUCUGCCUGAAAGCGAUCCGCGCGAGACGGACAAAUGCGCCAUCUCAGAUGAGAGUCUGUCAAAGCACCAAAACGGCGCUGGGAACGCCGCAGGGCAGAUCCACCUGUCAAUCAAAGCCACUUCCCGCGCUAUAAAUGAGCCUAGCAACGGCCAAGAAAAGGAAAACAUUCUUUAUCAUGCCGCGCAUACUGGAGACAUGAGUUUUUUCAGGAGCGCGGAUACUAACUCGGAUAAACUGGCUGAAAGCGCGAAAUGUUACAUAGCCCUCCCCAGCCGCCUGCACUUUGGUAGAAAAUUGAAAGGCAAAGAUGCUCACGACUACUCCAGUGGCGCGUCCAGCGCGGUCAGUGAGCUGGACGACGCAGAUAAGGAAGUGCGUAACUUGACUGCCCGCGCGUUUAAGAGCCUGGCUUACCCCUAUUUUGAUACAAUAAAUUUCAGCACCUCCAGUGAGUCCUCGCUCUCCGAGGGCAUUAACAGGUGGUCCACGUUUGUUGACCUUAAGUAUGGCAACGUGAACAUGACAAAGGGACGUCAUUCAAACCUGAUGUCCCAUAAAAGCACAUCAAACUUUAAACUGGGCCAGCAUCAAGACAGUAAGGGCAUUGCCGGGAUGACACUCGCCAGUAUGAGAGCGCCCCCGGUCGAGGUUUUUGCGCUGAAUGGCAAUCUCGUUGACCCCAAAAACGCAGCAUCUGCUAGGAAAAAAAUCGAACUGAUGCAGAAACUCGGCCAGGGCAAAGGCGGCGUGAUUACGCUCACGGAAACACUGAAUUUUCACUGCAACGUUCAGUCGGAGAUGUCGGGAAGUGAAAGGCGCGCGAAAUUUGCGCAAAAUGCAGCCGGAUCACGUUCCACAGAUGAAGUUACCAACACCUUGCCAAGCGGCCAGGGGAGAGCGGCCAGCCAGCAAGCCUGCAAUGCGGGGGAAACCAUGGAAGGCACACACAAGAAAGCAAUAUUCGCAUCGAGCCUUCUCAAAAAUGUCAUUUCUAAGAAAAUGCAAUUUGAGCAGGAGCGCAAGAUGGAGAGGGGGGAGAUCCGCGAGCAGUUCCGAGGCUCGUCUCCCUGUGUUUCGUGUUAUGAGAACGAAAACCCGAAAACGGAAAAAACUUCCCGGGGCUUGCAGAGACAAGGCUCGAGACACUCUGAAGGAGAUUCGGACUAUACCAUCGUUUGUUUAGAUGACCUGGGCGACAUAGUGGACAGUAGUUCGUGCGAUGCCAAGGACGACAACCGCAGAGAUGCCACCUUAACUCUUGCAUCAGAAACGAAUUUAGAAUCGACAAAUGAAGCAGGAAUCGAUACUAAAAAAGGAGCAUUCGAAGCGUCCAAAAGCACGCUGCUUCGAAGCCAAAAUAGCGCAUUCAGAUCCUGGAGGGACGGCGAGCUAGAGUUUCAAAAGGAACAUAAAAACGAUAAAACGCCGGAGGGGAAGCUGCCACCGCCUCACGACAACUUGGGAGAAACGGACUUAGACGGGGAUUCGGGCAAGAGCAAGCUCACUAAAAUGUCGCAUUUGUUUCUGCCAAGUAUCCAAGUGGUGUCGAAUGAGGGUGAACUUUGUAAAGGUCUCCCGAAUGUGAAUUAUUCACUGGGAGAGGGCGGAGGGCUGGGACGUCGCCCUUCCGACAAUACCCUCUUUGUCCCAGACAACGCACGGAGUGUGGUAACGUCGAAGUCACCCGAAAUCAAGAUAAGUUUACGGAGCGUCAAAGACAGCAAAAGCGACCCGUUCAACAUCGCCAAGCUGCUAACGCCCAAUAUAGGCUGCAACGCAGUCAACCUUAUCAAGACAUCUGACGACUCCAAAUGCCAAGCGCUUGCCGCGGUGCUAAAGGGGGAGCCGUCCGACAAAGUGCCUCACUUCACGGUCAGAGACAUUAGAGACAACAAGGGUAAGCUCCAGACUCCUAUCCACCAAGUUAGGGACGUGCGCAAAUUGGUGAAAAGCUCAUAUCACUUUGUUUCUUUGGAUAAUAACGAGAGCAAGUCUGCUGUCGCGGGUCUUGACCUUAACACAGAGCAAAAGACAUUCAAACAGAGUCCAUAUCGCAAUCCGGCAUCACUUUCCCCCAUAGUUAUAAAAUGUCAGUCAGUGAAUACAAAUAGCAGUGUUAGGCAAUCUGGAAAUUUAAUCGAGGUUUCUAAACGUAGACUUGGAGAAGAUAUACAGGAGUUAGACAGGUCCUCUCCUCAAUUACCGAUAGAGGGCGCCAGAAACGGCACGACACUUGUGCAGAGACCCACGAGCAGAGCUUACUCCGUCAACACAAAACAAGCAAGAGGCGAGCCGUCGGACGGAACCGGCGGCCUGAACAUUGAGACCAGAACCGGGAUGAGGAGACAGGAGAAAGCCAGCGAGGCUGGGGAGAAGAAGCCAGAAAACAAGAUGGCCAACCAAGCCGCUCUGGAGAAGCUGCAGGCCGCCGUGAAGACCAUGGAGCAGCUGUACGUGUUCGACCGCAACGAGUGGAAGAGACGGGCCGAGCCGCUGUCCCAGCCCCUCAUGGACAGCCACGUGCUGUCACUCAUCACCAGCGAGGAGCAGGGUCCCGCCCCCGCCACCGAGGAUGCUGGGAGUGCCGCCGUGCUCGCCGCCAUGGCAACAGCAGGCAGCAGUGCAGACAAGCCGGCGCCGAGGGACUCGUACUCCAACGUGGACAAAAGCCCCGCCCCCGCUGCGUCCGCCUUCUCUCCGUUCCUGGCCGAGAGGAACGGGCACCGGACGCCCACCCUGCUGCCCGGCCAGAGGGCCGUUCCCACGGUCACCACGUCCAGCGCGGUGCGUGCCCCUCAGACGCCCUCCUCCAUGCCGCCGGCCGCCCACACGCCCAAGGGCUUCGUGCCCAUCUCGGCCAAGCUGCCCGUCUCGCUGAAGAUCUCGCAGGCGCGCCGGGCGUCCGAGGAGCGCAGCAGCGACGCCGACCGGUCCCUGGGGGGCACCCAGAGCUCCACGGGCGAGUCCGAGAACUACCUGACCAUCCCCGUCAAGCCGCAGGCCAGACCCGGCGUGGCGGUUGCCGCGAGCAACAGCAUCGGCAGCAGCGGCGGCCGGGAGAAGUCCGUCUACACGUUCACCUCCUCGUCCGCCGCACCGUCCGGCGGCGCCAAGCCACAGCGGCACGCGUCCAGCCCCCCAGCCCACCUGCCGCACGGGGUCUCUCGCCGGCACGCCCAGGGGUCUCGCCAGUCUCCGCGCCGCACCGCUGUCGUAAUGGAGACGCGCUCGCCGGACACGCCGCCCACCGCCACCAUCUACCACCACUCGGUCCCCAUGGCGACGGCUCAGCCGCAGGUCAUCUGCUUCUCCCCCUCCGUCCAGCACGCGCCGGUCGGCAUGGCGACGGUGGAGGCCUUCGGGGGACACACGCAGCGCAAGAUGCUGCUGGACCCCACCACGGGCAGCUACUACCUGGUGGACACGCCGGUGGCAUCGGCCGCCACGCGGCGCCUGUUCGACCCCGAGACGGGUCAGUACGUGGACGUUCCGCUGCCCCCAGCGGCUCCUCCUCCUCCGCAGCAGGUCAUGACCCCCGUGCCCUUACCCAUGUCCCCCCUGGCGCUCAGCCCUGGCGCCUACGGGCACCACGCUACGCUGCCCUACGUCUUCUACCCCGGCUUCAUGCCCUCGCCCACGCUCAUCUCGGCGCGCAUGCCCUCCCAGAUGACCGUGCAGGGCGGCGAGGUCGGGCUGGACGAGCGCAGGAGUGACAGGGCCAGCGUGGGGCAGCAGGGCGACGGAGUCUACGUGGAGAGCCCCUACUACGUGCCCACGGGGGCGCGGGCAGGGUACGGGCAGCAGCAGGGGCAGCAGCAGGGGGCAGGAGGGGGGGGCAAGCAGCCGGUCAUCAGCAUCAUGUCUCAGCAGGGCCCCCGCAUCAUCGCACCCCCCUCCUUCGACGGCACCACCAUGAGCUUUGUGGUGGAGCACCGGUGAACCGCUGACCGGAGAACCCUUGUCAGCCCCCCCCCCCCAUCCCCAUCCACUUUAUUUGACCUAUCCGGUGUGGCGGAACCCCCCAUCUCAUCCACUUUAUUUGACCUAUCCGGUGUGGCGGAACCCCCCAUCUCAUCCAGUUUAUUUGACCUAUCCGGUGUGGCGGAACCCCCCAUCUCAUCCACUUUAUUUGACCUAUCCGGUGUGGCGGAACCCCCCAUCUCAUCCAGUUUAUUUGACCUAUCCGGUGUGGCGGAACCCCCCAUCUCAUCUGCACCCAUCAGAGGUCAAUGAUCAGCAGCGUAUCCCAGCAACCCCCUUAACUCAUCAUCACUGUAUAUUUUCUCUCAAUCGCUCUCUGGUUCCCUUCUCUAUCUGCCACUAAGAUAUUAUAUAACCCUCUCUUAUGGAUGACAUUUUUUCCUUGAACAUUUUAUUUUAAUUCCCCCUUGUUGUUGUUGCUGCUCAUCCACUGUUUACUAUACCAGAGUUGAUCAGAGACAUGUUGUUCAUUUUGUUUCAGGCGUUGAAAUGGUCGGUCACAGAGGAUGUUACAGGCAUGCAGUGUGUGUGCUUGAGUUGCUAACUUCCUUUGUGUCUCUGCCCCAGUGGAAAUAGAUUAGCUUAGCCUUAAGCUAACAGCCUCCUUUUAACUCACGUGUGUCACCUAGUGUCCCAAUGAAAACAGGUUAGCUUCAUGCUAACAGACUCCAUUUGCUGCCCCAAUGAAAACAAGUUAGCGGCAUGCUAACAGACUCCAUUUGCUGCCCCAAUAGACCUCUGAAGUUUGCCUACAAAAAAGAACCAAAGCUGCCAUCUUUGCCCAUAUAAAGAGAUCCGGUUGUUAAUUGAAUCUAACUACCUAUGGCAAGUUGCAUUGCAAGUUAGCUCUGGGGUAGCAAAAAUCUAGCUGUGUUAAUUACCGAAGAUCACAGGAGCCAUUUGAAGGCAGAGGACAAAAGUGUGUUGAGCAAAACGUCUGCAUUUUAGACUUCUUCGUCCCCGCGAGAGUUUAACAGGUGCGAUAGGCUAAUUAAAAAAACCCAUGUUAUUUUCCCAUAGGAAAAAUCUCAAGAUAUCGGAUCUCAAAGAUGGUAGUGAGUUUUUUUUGUAGGCGAACAUCAGAGGUCUAUGAGAACAGGUUAGCUUCAUGCUAACAGACUCCAUUUGCUGCCCCAAUGAAAACAGGUUAGCUUCAUGCUAACAGACUCCAUUUGCUGCCCCAAUGAAAACAGGUUAGCUUCAUGCUAACAGAUCCAUUUGCUGCCCCAAUGAAAACAGGUUAGCGGCAUGCUAACAGACUCCAUCUGGUUUUAAUGGAGCACCCUGAUGAAAACAGUAGCCUAAGAAUAGCAGCCUAGCUAGAGUCUAGCUAAUGACUGUCACAUUGACUGCAGAUGCUGGACAGAUUAUCUGAUGACUCUCACAUUGAGGGACAGAUUGUCUCAUCGACAUCAAUGCUCCCUGUUAUAGUCGUGACGCACUUUGCCAGGGUUCAGUUUGCUGGACACUUUGUUUUGUUUUUCACAAUAGGAUGUAGUGUUAGUUUUACAUAGGAUGUGGUAUUCAUCCUGCACAGGAUGUAGUAUUAGUAUAUCUCAUAGGACUUAGUAUGUGUAUCCUACUGCAUGAUGCGCUGUAGUGUUAAAGUUGUGUAGGAUGAGAGACGUCCUCCUGGAUUGCUGCUGCCUUUCCCCCGAGUCUCGUUCUCUAUGCUACGUUCUCCUGCUCUCCAAAGACAUUGCCACCGAUUCUAUAUGAGUUGAAUUCUAUAUGAGUUUCUUAUGCACAGCACUCUAGUAUAGUCCCUGUGUGUGAUGAACACACACGGCACUUUAACAUGCUGUGUUCUUUAUGUGGUUUGUCCUGUAAGUACAGCCCUGCUGUAUGUAGUGAACCGGAGUGGGCUAGAUAGUGCCCAGCCCUGCGCCGUAGGGUAGAGAGACCCUGCUGUCUGUCUGGAGAAGGGGGCCGGCCUACUCAGACAGAUGACCUGAGUAGCGGCCCAGGACGAGGUGGUCAUGGAGGGGAUGGAUGCAUAGGGAACAAGGCUUUCCCUAGGUCCUCCAGGUGAAAUGUUGCAUUGUCAGCACCACACAAGGAAUUAGAUUAGUAUGUUUUUGUUGUUUUGUUGAGUUUGAUGUGUUUUUGGUACGACUGUGGCAAUCUUAUGGACGUGUAGGGGAGGCUAUGGUAGUGGACGAGGCUUGGGCUACACUGGGUCCUGAGAGUAUUUACUCAUCAGUAGAGUUCCAUAGAAACCCCAACAGCACCAACCCCGAGCGCACCGAUAACCAUGAAGCCUAGUGGGGCUCUCUCCAGUAAGAGCUCCUGACUGCCAGCUUAUCAAUCAGAUGGUAGUAAACCUUUCUGUGCCUCACAAAGAUAGUGAUACUUACGCAUCAUUAUCAGUGCUUUAUCUUAGUACUGCGCAUCAUUAUCAGUGCUUUAUCUUAUACUGCGCAUCAUUAUCAGUGCUUUAUCUUAGUACUGCGCAUCAUUAUCAGUGCUUUAUCUUAGUACUACGCAUCAUUAUCAGUGCUUUAUCUUAGUACUGUGUUAACAAACACUCAAUGUUGGUGCAGUAUUUUGCAUCAAUAUUACCAGGACAUCCAGGGACUCUUCACCUUGUCAGUGGUAGAGGCGGCUGACAGGGGAAUUAGCUGUCUAACUCAGGUUUGUCAGAACGGCUUCAAAUCAAUUUUUCAAACGAUAAGGCUACUGUUCUGAUCCCUAAAUAGUACGAGACUACUGUAACUGUUCUAAAUGAUGAGGUUACUGUUCUUGCCCCUAAACAAUAUGAGACUACUGUAACUGUUCUAAACGAUAAGGCUACUGUUCUGAUCCCUAAAUAAUAUGAGACUAUAACUGUUCUCGUCGAGAGAAAGAGAGAGAGAGAGAGAGAGAGAGAGAGAGAGAGAGAACUGCUCCUAAACGACAGGGCCAUGGAGUGGCAUGGGGGUGGUGAAUGGAGAGCUCAUUUAAUGUGCUCUGAUAUGAAUCUUCAUCCUGCUGACACGAGUCCCCGGUAGCAUGCCCAGUUUAAGUGCUUCAGAUCGGUUUGGGUUUUCUGUGAAGGUUACUUUUCUGUUCUGUAACUGAAGUCUCAUGCCACCCUAGUGUGUGUACUGCUGUUUUUUUAUAACUGCUGUUGUGGUGGACGGAGCUGCUGGACGGUCUGUCUCACCCUCUUAAUGUUUUAUUUCAUUUUUUUUUUCAGUUUGUUUGAAAAUUAGAUUUUUGUUGUUGUUUGUUGUUCUGUUUGUUUGCAUUCUGCUGAUAUGGCUGUUUGGGCAGAAUUGACCGCAGACACACGCACACACACACACACACAUGCACACACUCACUUUCACAAACACUCCUAAACACACAAACAUACAUACACAUACACAUACACUCUCUCUCACACACACACACACACACACACACACACACACACAGACACACACACACUCUCUCUCACACACACACACACACACACACACAGACCUUUGGUUCUGGUAAAUCUGGUAUAUCUGCAUCUAUACAGCUAUUAUCUUAGUGCCCAGCAGCUAAUGAUCAGUAUGCAAACGUGUGAUCAGUAUGCAAACGUGUGGUUUCACAAUAAUUAUUACUUCAGUUACAUUUUUAUUUCUUUUAUUUUAUUUCAUACCACUCAUGACAUGAUUAAAUAAUUGCAUUUCUGAAUGUACAGUACAUGCAGUUCUAUCCCCUGGUUCCUGGAAAAAUGUGCAUUCUUUAAAAUGUCAUCAUUUAGUCAGAUGAAAUUAUUAAAUGAAAUGAUAAUUAGUUCAAAUUAAGUUAAUAUAUAAUACGAAUUUGAAUGAAUAAUAUAUAUUUUAUAUAGUAAUAAGAGAUAUAACUGUACAAAAGUGAGAUAAAUGUGGAAAUGGUCAGCAUAAGCUGAGUUUGUUACGUGCAUGAACAUGCUACUCACAGUAUCCUCUGGUUCAUCCACAGUCUGGCUUUCUGGGGAUGUUCAACUCCAUUUCUAAAGGAGAUUUGUUUUCUAUUCAGAUUCACAGGCACAGAUGAUUUCAGUGGAAAACUGAUAAUAACCAUAAUAUGAAUAAUGAUGUGAUUAUGCUGGAGUCUGUGUUCUUUUGGGGGUCCGAUCUGGGGGGUGGAUAACUUUUCUGUGAAAAACGUGUGUAAAAAGGAGCCUCUUCCUCGACUGGAGAGGAGGACUGGUUCAGAGAGAGAGAGAGCGAUCAGAAGGUCUCGGUUACGUUGUCAUGAAGGGUAACAGAAUGUGAGAAGGAAGGACAGAAGAGGCCGAGGCAGGACUGGGGAAAGUGGGAAAAAGGCACUAGGCGGCCAUGUUGGGUUUAGGCAGUCCCUGGUUCCUCCUGGUUCCAUCCGGCUUCAGUAAGGGCAUGUCUCAGGCUCACGCUCACGUGUCUGCUUCAGUAAGGGCAUGUCUCAGGCUCACAAGUCUGCUUCAGUAAGGGCAUGUCUCAGGCUCACAAGUCUACUUCAGUAAGGGCAUGUCUCAGGCUCACGCUCACGUGUCUGCUUCAGUAAGGGCAUGUCUCAGGCUCACGCGUCUGCUUCAGUAAGGGCAUGUCUCAGGCUCACGCUCACGAGUCUGCUUCACUAAGGGCAUGUCUCAGGCUCACGCCUGCAGUCUGCUUCAGUAAGGGCAUGUCUCAGGCUCACGAGUCUGCUUCAGUAAGGGCAUGUCUCAGGCUCACGUGUCUGCUUCAGUAAGGGCAUGUCUCAGGCUCACGCGUGGGCUGCGUCUGCUUUUGAGAGCUGGCACUGGCGGGGCUAAUAUAGAGAGGGAACCAGGAAGAGAAGUGCUCUGAAUGCUGGAGAUGUCACGUUUGAGGGAGAGAAGUGCUUUGAAUGCUGGGAAUGUCAUGUGUGAGGGAGAGAGCCAUGUUUGUUUGAGGUGAAUGAGUGAGUGUGUGAUGCCAUUGUGAAUGCUGUUGAAUAAACGCACCUUUUUGCAGA